AUGGGGGAUACUCCGUGAAGAUCGGCACACUGUUCCUGCGGUUUACAGAUAUUUGCGCCGAUCACAUUCUUCUUCCAGUUUCAGCCAACGUUAAGAUGAAGGUUCUGUGUGUUGCUGUACUUUGCCUUGUCGCGACAUUCGCCUCCGCCAAGUCUCUUGACGAGAGAGUGGCCCGCAUGUUGAUGGAAGAUGAAGAAUUCAAGAGGGGUCUCAAGUCAACAGUUUGCAACGCCAUCGAGAACGUCAUCAACAAUUUUGCCCCUGAUCUUAUCAAGUUCGGCUGCAACAACGUGGACGAAAAUGCUAUCUGUGGUCUGGUAGUGAAUGCCGUCGGCGGCUAUUUUGGCGCGACCAAAGCAACAUGUAAGCUGAUCAUUCCCGACAGUCUCAUGAAGAGCCUGCAGAAUCAGUGUAGGCAACUCGGCAGCUUUAACAACGUGAACGUCUGCUAGACGGGCAAAGCCGACCGGCAAAAUAUCAGCGCGCUUCUACAUUUAAAUUUGUGCAACAUUUGCUGAACUGUUUGGGAUGGAAGACAUAACGAGUUGAAGUGCGAACGACUACAGUUAUAUAAAAGAUCACUUUAAUUUUGGCGGCCAUUU